CACAGAAAUGAGACAAAAACCUAAACCUAAACCCUGCAAAAUGUUGGAUUUAGGAACAGUUUAGUGUAAACAGAGGAAGUCAGAGAGAAUUCGAAGUGGAGAGGAUAACUAUUAACUGGUAACAGCACCUUUCAUCACUCAUCAGAGAUGGCUGCCAUUGAGAGCAGAAAAAAAUCAGUGGUUUUGGGUCUCUGCAAACACCUUUCAUUGGAUCCUAGUGUUGUUCCAGCUGAUAGUUUAGACAGUGAUAUUAAGAGUCUUUACUUAAACAUUACAGCGGCGUCUGGACAUGGGGUUAAUCACUCUGAUGAGGUGUUGAAGUGGGUCGCAUUUGCACAAGCCUUCCCUGUGGCCCUUGAUGCAUGCUUUGAGAAUCUCAAUAAAUUAAAUGAUGAACUGUCUGGAAAGUCUGUGCUCCUGGGCAAUGGAUUGAAACCCUCUGAAGCUGAUGUUAUAGUGUUUUCAGUGAUUCAUUCUUCCCUGAUCAACCUUUCAGAUACAAACAAGGAAAAACUGCCACAUGUGUUGAGAUGGAUGGAUUACAUCCAGCACAAGCAAGAAUUUGUAGGUUUAUUUGAGAAAAUAUUGUUGCAGAAGCCUGGAUUUGAACCUCCGGUAGCAAAACCUGUUGGCACUGUAGAAGCUGAUUUAAAAUCAAACAAGGCUGAGCAAAGCAUAAAAAAUGUUAGCAAGCCAGAAGCAGACACAAGCAAAGAUAAAAACAAAGCUGAGGGGAAGUCUACAAGAGACAAAGAACCUACUAAAGCCAAGGCAAAACCUGCUGAAAAAGACGUGGCUGAGAAAGAGAAUGAAGUUAGUGUCAGUUUGCUUAAUAUUCAAGUUGGAUUAAUUCGCAAAGCGUGGAAACAUCCAUCUGCAGAUAGUUUGCUAGUUGAGGAGAUAGAUGUUGGGGAGGCCAAAUUGCGGCAGGUUGUCAGUGGUUUAGCAAAGUACUGCAGUCCUGAUGAGUUGACGAAUCGUCGUGUUGUACUUAUAACAAAUGUCAAACCUGGAAAACUACGAGAUGUGAUGUCUGAAGGACUGGUCUUGUGUGCCUCAAAUGAAGGUCCAACCAUUGUGGAGCCCUUGCUCCCUCCAGAAGGAGCAAAAAUUGGGGAACGUAUUUCUUUUUCCGGGAUUGAUGGAAAGCCAGAAGAUGUACUUAACCCAAAAAAGAAACAGCUUGAGAAGAUUACACCUCAUCUUUUCACUGAUGACAAGGGUGUGGCAACAUUCAAGGGAAUACCAUUUAUGACAUCUGGUGGACCAUGUACAUCAUCCAUUCCCAGGGCAACUAUUAAAUAGUGAAGAUAUGGCCCAUUAAUUGUUCUCGAACACACAGAGAUUGUUGGUACCACAAAAUAUUGCAAGUUUUGAAUUGCGUGAAUAAGACGUUACUACUAUUGUUAGCAAGUUCGUGUUGCAGUUACAGUUACAUGGUUUUAAAUUCUAAAUAUACAAUCUUGAAU